AAGAACCUUCUGAGAAGCCAACGGCAAUUUCAUUUCUCCCCGGAAUAAACAUCCAUUAAGACCUUCAUAAAAAACUCCGGCCGUUACAGUUCAUUCCAUAGUACAUAUCUAACUCAUCGUCAACAUCCCUACUCUUUAUACAAUGAAGGAUACCGACGAUCAGCAGCUACGCCCACAAACCUCAUGGAAGCUCCAAGUGCACCUCCAGAACUUCAUCUUCUAUUUGCUGGUCUUUGGCUGUGGCUUAGCCUUUGGUAUCGCACGCACUUCCUAUAUCAGAGACAUUUCUUUCAACUUUCAACUCGACCAAUUCUCUAACAAUCGAACCAACACCUCCCUAUCCAACUCCUCCUCAUCUCCUCCCUUCAUUACAAUCGACAGAAACAGAACUGGCCGAAUCGGACUCGAAGAAUUCUUGAGAGCGCCUAACGUUUCCCAUGAUAUGAACGAGGAAGAGUUGUUAUGGAGAGCAUCAAUGGUUCCUCGUCUACCCAAUUAUCCGUUCCAGCUAGUCCCCAAGGUUGCCUUCUUGUUCUUGACCAAAGGGCCUUUGCCUUUGGCUCCGUUGUGGGACUUGUUCUUUAAAGGGCAUCAAGGGCUUUAUUCAAUUUUUGUGCAUUCCAAUCCAUCCUUCAAUGGAAAUUAUACAGAAGAGGAAGAUUCUGUGUUUCGUGGCAGGAAGAUCCCAAGCAAGGAGGUACAGUGGGGAAAGUUUUCAAUGGUGGAAGCAGAGCGUCGUUUACUAGCUAAUGCUCUACUGGACUUCUCAAAUCAACGUUUUGUUCUCCUAUCAGAAUCAUGCAUUCCCUUAUUCAACUUCUCAACCAUCUACAGUUACUUAAUGGGCUCAACAACAACAUUCAUCGAGGUUUACGAUUUACCCGGCCCCGUUGGCCGCGGCCGAUACAACCAUAGAAUGAGGCCUGUAAUUCAGCUCGACAAAUGGCGAAAAGGCUCCCAGUGGGUCGAGAUGGACCGUCAGCUUGCGGUGGAGGUAGUAUCCGACCGCAAAUAUUUUCCAACUUUUCGGAAAUUUUGCAAAGUCUCUUGCUACAGUGAUGAGCACUAUUUGCCAACAUUUGUUAACAUGAAGUCUCGGAAGAAAAAUUCAAACAGGAGUUUAACAUGGGUUGACUGGUCAAGGGGAGGACCUCAUCCUCGUAAAUUUGGGAGACUGGAUAUUACUGUUGAUUUUUUGGAGAGGUUGAGAAAAUGGAGGCGAUGUGAGAACAAUGGAAGAUGGACUAAUAUUUGCUACUUGUUUGCAAGAAAGUUCACUCCUGCUGCUCUGGAUAGGUUGAUGAGAUUUGCUCCGAAGGUCAUGCAAUUUUAGCUCAUUUGUAACAUUUUCUUUUUUUUUAUUAUUACUAUUAGUUUCAUGUAAAGCACCAUUCGUUGAUAUUUGUAUUAAUAAACUUUGAGCACAGCCAGAAAUGCUUCAAGCAAAGGCUUUCCAUUUUAUAUUUAUUCUAAAGAGUUAUUUGUUGGAUGCAAA